AUGUCGAGGGCGUGGUGGGCUGUGAUACGACACGCCCGGAACGCAGGACUUGUCCCGGCGAAGAAGCGCCAUCCGUCGUCACCAGCGAAUGAGCGGGAGUGUGCGGCGAGCUCGCUCCCAUGUGCUCGAGUAAAGACGGGAGAGGGGGGGCGUCGGGACGUCCGAAGGCGAGGUUCUGCGCUCCCGGGCAAGUACGGACACCGACUCGCCUAUACACCAGCACAUCGUCCCGCGCCCCAAAACAUCGCAGGUGAUCGCCUGACGGAAGCAGACUUCGACGAGGUCAUCUUCGCGUACAGCGCAAACGAUUGGGACUCGGAUUGGGGGAUCUCCGUCCUAUUAUCGUCUCCUGCGGCGGGCGGGGGUCACGCCUGCGGCGCCCUAGAUCCACUUCCUCCGCGCCCCGCCAUGAUGUUCGGGAGGUGGCUCGAGCUCCGCGACUUCGCGACGAACGCGUUUGAGCUCGUCGUCGCUCAUCUGUACCGUUGCAGCCUUGAGGUGGUUGACGCAUUUGCGGCCUGCCGGUUGAGUGCACUGGUAUGGGAGUCUUCAGUCGGAGAGGUCGGACACAAUGCGAAGGACACUUACUACGCCGAAGACCGUUCCUAUGUGAUGCUGAGGCGUGUCGUCCAGGCUGAUGACAGCGAGAUGAUUGAUAUCGCGAUAGACGGUGCAUCGGAGGAGAUUCGAGCGCAGUCGAGCCAUCGGAGGCAGGUAGCUGUCCAGGAUGUCAUGUACGCGAGUGUCGGGCGGCGGCAUCUUGGGACGGAGCGGGUACGAUGGCUAGGGCUUGCGCAGCUGCCCCUUUUAUGCGAUCGCACCUGA